GCAGAUACUGAUGAGAAAGAAAAGGAGAACUACCUAAGGUUGCUGACAUUUUUACUUGGACCUGCUACGAAAACACUGCAUCUUUAUUUUGAAAUGAAAGUAUUGAAUUCUCUAGAAUUUUACAUGUUCUUGGACAAACAUAAACAUAUUUUGUUUCAUGAGUUAUAUCCAACCAUACCGUGUUGCGAGUGCAUGAAUAAGUGUAUCGAAUCUCCGGGGAAACGAAGCCAUCUUAAUUUUACGCAGUUUGAUUUAUUAUUCGAAAUCGUCAAGGAACAAGAAAAUUCAGAACAUCAAAAGAAACAAGGAGAACGUAUAACACAAUACUGCUUAUGCAACUUAUCAUCAAAGCGAUAGGUAAAAGAAGAUGACAUGGAUAUAACACUUAUUUAUAUUGUAGUAAGAACGUGUUGUCCACCUGGAACCGUUUCCGGUAAUCCAAAAUGGAUAAAAGAUAUCAAAAAUGCAAGAAAUGAGCUUGCGCAUUGUUCGAAUCCAAAAGUCACAGAGACAGAAUUCAAAAACAUAUUCGAUCGUUCUGAACAGUGUGUUUUGAAUAUUGCAAAUGUAGUGGGUCGUCAAGUCUUGAAGAUGAUAAAAGAUCAAAUAUCCUUUUUUAAAAGAAGUGAUAUAUCAACUGUUCAAGAGUUCAUCAAAAGCAGCAACGAUACGUUCAUACAGAUUCUUGAAAAUAUCACGAAGGAUCAAACACAAAAUUUAACAGAAAAUACCGACACAAUGAAAAGUGAAAUAAUAGAUCAACUUAAAAAACACAAAGAAGAAUUUUGUGUAGACAUAAGGAAUAUCAUAUUUGAGAUCAAGACGGUAGUAAAGGGUGAACUAGCAUCGGCUGCAACGAUGUCGUCUAAAAUACAAUCACCUCAAGUCGAUGAUGUUUGUUAUGUCGAAUGGAAAUUAGCAACACCAAGCAAUUGGAACGUUGACUACAUCACGAAAACAUUGGAAAAUGUUUCGUCACUGGUAGGACAGUGGUUCCGUAUAGUGUUUGUCUAUAAAGGAUCAUUGGUAAUACAAACGUCAGCUUCAGAACGGAUCAUGCAAAAUGACAAAGAUUUCUGUCUUGCUGUUAAAUUAUUCUUCAAAGAUGUGGUUGAAAAAUGCCAGCUUGACACAAAGACCAACACAGUAAUUAAAGUGGAACUUGUUGUAACCAAUGAGAUCUUCAGCCGGCAGAUAAAAGAUAAAUCAACAAUUCCAUGAGACCUUUGUACCAGUAACAAUAUUUCAACAGAAGCUAUCCUUUUCUGCAGUGAGUGUCAGGAAAAUCUCUGCCAGCAAUGUAUCAGUGCUCAUAGCUUGAAUGAGUCUUUUUCCGGUCAUUCUUUAAAAGCUUCACGAUUAUCAGACGGAGACACUUUCCAAACUACUUGUUCCAUACACCUCGACUGGGCUUUCGAUUUUUUUUGUGUCGAUCACGAUUGUUUAAUCUGUCGUUAUUGCAAAGCCGAGGAACAUGUCUCAAAUCUAUUCCAUUAGAAGAUGCAGCAAAAGACGUGAUACAGUCAACUAUGUUUCAAGACCUUUCUGAUGCUUUAUCUAACAUUAAAACGACACUAGGUAAAGCAAUUACAUGUCAGAAUGAAAAUAUCAAACAUAUUGAUGAUGAUGUAGAGAUUGUAAACAAGCAGGUAAAAAUCAAUAAAGCUGGAAUCAUUAAA